AUGACUGACCGUGGAACCUUCUUUUUGUUCAGUGUCAAUGAUUACAGCCUGGGUAAGAGAGAUCAAGGAAACGCGACUAAUCUAUAUAUUGACCAGCAUAUUUCACAAAAGGUGUUUUCUGUUGCUACACAGGUCGUGUGCAUUUGUAGCUAUGUCUAUGGCGGAACGGGAAUUCAUCUGUGGAACGUGACGUCUGAUAUGUUCGAGUAUUUCCAAAAGAUCGUUCUCGUCGCAGCGGUCAUUUACGUGCCUUGUCUCGCCUUCGCUAAAGUCGCCCUGAUUAUUCUCUAUCACCGGAUUAUAAACCGACAACCAUUUUACGAGUGGACGCUUCACAUAAUUUCCGCCAUAGUUUGCGGAUAUAGCAUAGCUAUCAUCUUUGCCCUGAUAUUCGCAUGCAACCCGAUUCAGAAAGGAUGGGAUGCCUCGAUCACAACGGGCUCUUGCAUCAAUCGUAGUGGGUUGUACAUCGCGACAGCCGUGACGAACAUCAUGACGGACUUGGCUCUUAUCAUUGUGCCAAUACCUCUCGUCCGAGGCCUACAAAUGCCACAAAUUCAAAAGCUAGGGCUACUCGGCAUGUUCAUCGUUGGUUGCGCCACUAUUAUCACAAGUAUUCUUCGACUUACAACCUUGAUUCCAUACCUCCACGCCACUGAUGUCACCUACGAACUUGCUCCACCACAGCUUUGGAUUUAUAUCGAAGCAAAUUUGAUUAUUAUUUGCCCUUGCCUGCCGUUCCUCCGUCAAUUCUUACGACAUUACUUACCUGCUUGGAUUGGUGAAAUCACAGGCUCCAGUCAACGAUACUAUGCAGAAUAUGGCUCAUGGAGCGCUUCACGUGCUCGCCGCAAGCCGGGCCUUACUCGCCUCCAAGAUGAUAUUGCUCUCGCAGAGAAUAUAGAAAGCACGCACAGCGAGUCUCGUAUAGUUAAGGAGGUCCAGUGGCACGUGACAGAGGAGCGGCUGGAUACACGGGUGGAAUCCGGUGUAGAGCGAUGUUAA